AUGAAAAAGCUCAAGCUCUGGAUCAAAAAGAAGGGCAAGGAGUGGGACGCCCCAGCUUCCGCCCAGAAGCAGCAGCAGCAGCAGCAGCAGCAGCAGCAGCAGCAGCAGCAGCAGCAGCAGCAGCAGCAGCAACGCGCCGGCCCCGCCGCAGCGCCGGGCCCCUCCCAGCCCCCCUCGGCCGCGGCGCCCCAGCCGAGCGACGGCGGCGCCCGCGGCGGCGCGGCGCCGCCGGCCGAGCUGCGGGGGUACGCCAACCAGCCCCAGUAUUCCUACAGCUCAUACACCGGGUCUCUGGGGGGCCUGCUGGCGGCGGCAGUGGCGCAGUCUUCCGCUUCAGCCAACGGCAGCGCCGGUGGCGGGGCCGGCGGCACGGGCGGUGGGCCGGGGGCGCCCGCGUCCGCCUUUGCGGCGGCGGCCGGCGCGGGCGGCGCGGCGGGGGCGGCGGCGGGCGGGAAGCGGCUGGCGCUCGACUUCCGGCUUGACAUGCGGCCUAUCAUGGCCUGCUUUGCUCAGGUGUAA